AUGGUGGCCGAUGCCCUCGCGGCCAUUCUUGACAAAGCCAAAUCGGCCGGCCACAUUCACGGCGUGGUCCCACACCUUGUAGGAGGGGGGGUCUCCCUCCUACAAUAUGCCGAUGACACCAUAAUAAUGGUUGAGGGCUCCGAGUCCGAUAUUGCCAACCUGAAGUUCCUCCUCCUCUGCUUCCAACGGAUGUCCGGUCUGACCAUCAACUUUGAUAAGAGCGAGGUGAUGGUGCUGGGAUACCCACCGGUGGAGGCCCAGGGCAUUGCGGACCGGCUUAAUUGCCGCUUGGGUUCUUUCCCCACGACCUAUCUGGGGAUCCCCAUUAGUGACUCUCGCCUCACCGUAGCGGACCUCCGCCCUUCCGAAAUCUGGGCUCAUAUACAUUCUCUGCUGUCCCUGCGAGAUGCUGCACGUGCUGCCUGCGUGUCACACUUGUUUCAACGUUCCUGGAAAUGCCAUCCCGAUCUCACCUUCAGUAAGGAAACAAUCUUCGAUGAAAACCUGUACAGAAAGAAUAAAACAUCAGAUGAAAAAACGAGCAAUCUUGUCAGGAUAAUUUACCACAUUCUGAGAAACCACUCAGGCAAUGGUCUGAAGGCACUCGGGCUUGAAAUAGAUGAUGUUGCCAAUAUCAGCGCAUGUUAUCUUAAUGAUUGGCUUCACCUUGCUGUUAAGCCAGGGAUUGAAGAACUUGCCCUUUUGCUGCAUGAUGACUUGGAUUACAAUUUUCCAUGCUCAGUUUUACUUAAUGGGAGUGCAAACACAAUUCGGGAUCUUCGUCUCAGCAGCUGUGUCUUCCGUCCCAUGGCUGGAUUUAGUUGCCUAAGAAGCCUGACUAGUCUAGAAUUGUCUGAAGUGUAUAUUACAGGGGACGAGUUAGGGUGCCUUCUUUCGUGUUCUUUUGCUUUGGAGGAAUUGGUACUCACGUAUUGCAAAGAGAUAACUUGCCUCAAGAUACCUUGCGUGCUCCAGCGGCUCAGCCAGUUGGUGGUCACUGAUUGUGAAAAUCUGGAGGUUAUAAAGAGCAAAGCUCCUAAUCUCACCGUUUUUGAAUACACUGGUGGCGUAGUAGAAGUGUCAAUUGGAGAUGCGGUGCUAGACAUUAUGAUUUCAGCUUCUGGUUGGAACGUUGUUCAUUAUGCUCGCGCCAAGCUUCCACAGAUGGUCCCAAAUCUUGAAACUCUUGACAUAACCUCAUCUUUGGCGACAGACAUACCGUUUUCACCUGGCAAAUUCCUCCACCUCAAGCACUUGUGUAUUUCUUUCAUGGUAACACAACAGAGUGUAGAGCAUGAUUCAGUUUUAGGUGAUUCCUCACAUCUAAGGCAGAUGCCAGGACACUGCCAUGACAGCAUCAAGGAUGUGAAGAUCAUCGGUUUCUGCUCUGCGAAAAGCAUGGUUGAGCUAACAGUCCAUAUUCUUGAGAACGCGGUUUCACUAGAGCGCCUUACACUGGACACUGUCUGUUAUGAUCUUAGGUGUUCGGAUGGUGCUAGUAAAUGCUCAGUUGGGAAUAUGAAUAUGAUCAUGGAAGCCCAUAAAGCUCUCGUGGUUGUGAGAAGUUACAUCUUAGAGAAAGUUCCCUCUACAGUUGAGUUAAACGUUGUGGAGCCUUGCAGCCAGUGCCAUGCUGUUGAGAAUUAA